GCAGUGUGGCUUUGAAUCCAUGCCUCCUUCAGGCCCUGCAGGAGAAGUCUAUCGUCUGGCCUUGACCAUCAGCUCCCUUCCUCUCAGAUGAGCACUAGCCCAGGACGUCAAGAGCUGGCCCUGCCCUUUUGCCCACGCCCAUGAUUGCUCUGUCAAUCUCCCGUUCUAGGUUUACAUCCAUCAGGCCAGGGCUAGACUUUUACAGGAGGGAGAAGGAUGGGUUUAUCUGAGUUUAUGGUUCCAGAGGGGGUAAAUAUCCAUCAUGGCACAGAGACACGAGAGCAAGAAGCAGGCACAGCAGCUGGAGCAGGGUGCUGAGAACUUACGUCAUGGACCAUACGCACAAAGCAGAGAGAACAACAUUUCUGUCAGUACCGUGUCCCACUCGGAUGAGCCCAGCCAGUGUGAUGAAUCCUCUCGCCCUACAGUCCGGAUGGAAAACACCUACCAGUUAGGUCCCACCAAACCUUUCCCCGUGGCCACUGUCAAUCAUAUUUUGGAAGAUGUACUAACUACCUACCUACAAGAAGUACAAUAUGACCCGGAGUUCUGCAGACAAAUGACUAAAACAAUUUCUGAGGUUAUUAAGACCAAGGUCAAAGAAUUAGUGAUUCCAAGGUAUAAACUAAUUGUGACCGUUUACAUCGGACAGCGGGAUGAUCAGAGCAUACUUAUUGGCAGCAGAUGCCUCUGGAACCCUAAAAGUGAUACCGUCUCAUCCUAUACAUUCAAAAAUUCUACUCUCUUUGCACUUGCAAAUGUCUAUGCAGUUUACUUUGAGUGAUUGAAAAUGGUCCUCAUGUGUUAAAAUCAUGAAACAGGGUGUUUGUCUCUUCACAAAAGUUCUACUGGCAAAACCUGUGGGGAAGAGACAAGACGAAGAUCUCAAACAACUGGAAGCUUCUGUCGCUCUUGUGAGGACUGGUGGAGGGAGAGGGGAGCCUAAGGAAAAGAUCUUGUUUGUUCAAAGCAGCAGUUAGUGCAACUCACAUAAACCUAGAUACCAACUAAA